GAGCAUGGCAACAGCUGUCAUAGUGAAAAACAAUGGCAGGAAAGAUGUCUCAUUUGAUAUUUGAUGCCUUCUUUCAGGUUGGCCUGAGCUGGACUGCUGGAACUCUAGGUAUAAAUUACGUCAUUUCCCUCAAUCCAUUGAGCAUGGCAACAGCUCUCAUGGUGAAAAACAAUGGCAGGAAAGAUAUGACAAUAACUAGUGCACUAUUUAGCAAUGUGAAGUUCAAGAAAAGGGGAGGGACAGCAGUCCAAGGACUUGGAGGCUGCUUGUAUUGCACACACCCUCCUCUAUCUUCUUUCGAGCUCUUAUCUCCAUCUGAAGCAAUGCAAUCUCAACCUGGAGGAUGGUUUGGUUUCCAUAGCGAAGAGAAACAUGGUGUUAUCUGGAAAUGGAAACAGACAGAUGUUCCUCUCAACAUCUUGAAGCAAAAGCUCAUAUCAUUAAUGAAAAACAUUUUUCUAUAACUUCUAUUAAAGUUUCUUAAGAGAU